AGCACGGUCGGCUUUCAAAACAGAUCUUACUUCACGAAAAUUAAAGGUUUCCUUCGACGCCUAGAAAGUCAUCGGAAGACUGUAGCACAAUGACAGUUGCGACGGCUGUUCCCAGGCAACAAAACCGUGCAGCGGCAGCGUUCGAGUACGAAUUUGGUGGACCUAUUGGGGCUACCCUCACGACUCUCGCACUCCCUCUCGUAGUUCUUGUACUGGCGCAUUGGAGUGACGUGGGUCGAGUUGACUUUGCUUUCCUGUCGGCGAGUCUUGGGGACACGACGAACUCCCAUGAUCCGAAGCCUUUCUGGCAGAUAAUCCGCCAAAAUUCCGUGCUUUGUCCUCGCUGCAACGACAGCGAUUCCGUAUCGUUGUUACUUCGAUGUGCCCUCGGCGUCGUCGCUUGGUUUCUAUUCCAAGUAUUGCUGGAACGGUUUUUGCCCUGUGAACUGGUUCAGGGAUCUCCCGUCAAGGGAGAUGCCAAAAAUCGGUUGACGUACCGCAUCAAUGGACAUUUGGCUUUUUGGGUCACGUUGCUGCUCGUGCACGCGGCGUGGCCCGUUUGGGAUGCCAACGCCGCUUUGUAUCAGUUCACCACGGCACCAUUGGCAACCCUUUACAAAUAUUACACCGAACUUGCUUUCGUCACAAUUCUUCUCUCGGCAAUGGCAUCGACUGGCUUGUACUUGGAUUCCUUUCGUGGCCAGCACAAAAUUCUUGCCGAUGGUGGUGAUUCCGGCAACGUCCUGUACGACUUCUUUAUUGGCCGCGAACUCAAUCCCCGGAUCGGCACUUUCGACUGGAAAGAGUUUUGUGAACUCCGUCCCGGGCUUAUUGGUUGGGUGCUUCUAAAUAUCGCUUGUGCGAAACAACAGUACAGUGUUCUGGGAUACGUUACGGGCAGCAUGAUUCUCGUUAACGUGUUUCACGGAAUCUACGUCUGGGAUGCGCUGUACCAAGAGCGUGCAAUCCUCACCACCAUGGAUAUUACCACGGAUGGCUUUGGAUUCAUGCUUUUGUUCGGUGACCUCGCGUGGGUGCCAUUUACCUACUCGCUCCAAGCGCGUUAUUUGGUCAAGCACGACCCCAAUUUAAGUGCCGUGGCUCUUGCGGGUAUCGUUGCGUUGCAUAUUCUAGGAUACCUUAUUUUCCGCGGAGCCAACGGACAAAAAGACGCCUUUCGUCGCAAUCCGACCGAUCCAGCCUUGUCCCAUUUGACCUUUUUGCAAACCAAACGCGGAACCAAGUUGUUGACCUCCGGAUGGUGGGGUAUGGCAAGGAAAAUCAAUUACACGGGUGACUGGAUCAUGGGUUUGACAUGGUGUAUGGUAUGUGGCUUUGACUCCGCUGUACCCUACUUUUACGCUGUUUACUUCUUCAUCUUGCUGGUUCACAGAUCCAUUCGAGACGAUCAUAUGUGUUCCGUCAAGUAUGGCGACGAUUGGGAAACCUACAAAUCGAUUGUGCCGCAUCGGUUUGUCCCUGGUGUGGUCUAG